GUCACAUUCGUCCUCCUAACUCUCCUCACUUGGAUGGUGUCAUCGGACACAUGGCUCAGCUUGGGCCGGUGGGCUGAGCUCAGUCAGUACGGGCGCUGCGAAGAAGCAAAGGCCUCCAGUACAACACAUAAAAGCUCUGUCAUUUAUGAGACAACAAAUCUGUCACGGCAGAGAUCUUCUGAAAUCAGUGGAGAGACAAUCACAAAAGACCAUACUCUGUUUCCAGGUGUACCUUUGAGUUGUCUGCUCUUCAGUGGUUGUGUGAAUGUGUUGCAAAGAGCUGAGGGAAACGGGCAUGUCGGCAAAUGUAAAAUGCUGCAGUUUGCUGUAUAUUUCCCGUCUAAGACCGGCUGCCCUCUCGUUAAGACGGAGAUAACGCCUGGUAACCACGGCACAAAUAUGUGUCUGCUCCUGAGGUCCAUGACUCGCUGUGCCCACAUCACAGCCCUGGUGUACCAAUGGAGAACAAAACGUUGUGCCUGCACCUGCAAGAUGCCAUCCAUGUUCUACUCAACAUCAGCAGGCUGCGUCGGCGUUGUGCAGCCUGCAGACUCCGACAGAUGGGUUGGACGGUUUUGUCUGGCAGCUGUGUUGCUGCUUUCAGUCUACACGAGACUAACGCGACGUGACAGUGACUCCUCAACUGGGAUGCUUUUUACCCUGACGCUGCGCAGCUUUUCACCAUCAGUCACCGUCUACCGGCAGUCUGAGCGGUCCAUCAUAGCUGUCUGCCUCUCUUGUGCUCUGAGGAGAACUGUGCAUGUGUUGAUUGCGUGCAGGGCUGCUCAUACUGUCAUGAAACGGUUUCGUCCCAGACAGCAGCAUUUUAGGAUUCUUCCUGUCACUGUGUUGUUUCUCUGGCUGACGUUUUGUUCACCUCUUGGACUUGAAAGCGUGAAAAAUGUGUCUAGGGACGGACUUGUGGAGUAUGUGGAAUCAACACAAAGAGCAUGUGUGUUGGCGCAGACAGAGGUGCUGGCUGCUUUGUGUUCCAUGCUGGUCUUACUCACCACUUUGCUACAGUCUGUCUUGACAAAACUAAAUGUUUUGAGUGUGCUCUUUCACGUGCAGCUGGUCACCUGCCUGCAGGAUUCAGUGGUGCCAAGAAAGUACAUACUCAUCGUCAAGAUCAGCAGGUUCAUUUAACGUGACGUUCAAAGCGGCCUUCACAAAUGUGGAUAAUGAAGUGACGAGAUGGUUGAGUAAAAUGGAACUGCAUUUGAGAUGAUUUUUAAUUUGUCAAUACUUUAUUUCAUUGUAACUUCAUCACAUUUUUCUUUCAAAAUUGUUUUAGAAUUUUUGUAACUGCAAAUA